AUGACUGUUUACAACUCCUUUAACAAUGAGGAACAGAAUUGUAAAUACCAAUUACGUGCAACAGUCACAGAAUCCAAUAAAUCCCCAAGAAGUGAUGAAAUUAACCAAUCUUUCCUGCUUGAAAUAUGUACGAGGUCUAAUGACACGUUGGAUGCUCCAAUGACCAUUGUAGACAUUACACUCCUUACUGGAUUCAGAGCUGAUGAGGAAGACUUGAAAGGGUUAAGAGACGGAGUGGACAAAUACAUUAACAACUAUCAGACAAAAACAACUGCCAACAAUGGAUCUGUCGUCAUUUACCUGGAUAAGGUUCCACACGAGAAAGAGAUGUGCUUUGGAUUCAGAAUACACCAGAUACUUGAAGUAGGACUCAUCCAGCCAGCAUCUAUUACUGUCUAUGAAUACUAUGACAUAGGAAAUCGUUGCACAAAGUUUUACCAUCUGACAAAAGAAACAGGCCUCCUAGACAAAAUCUGCAAGGGAGAGAUUUGUGUAUGUGCAGAAGAUAAUUGCUUUCAGAAGAAAACAGAUCAAAAUUCAAUUACUUUCCAAGAAAGAAUAGAUGGAGCCUGUGCAUUUGGUAGAGAUUUUGUUUACAUAGCAGAAGUAAACAAUCACCAGAGAAUACAAAGCUAUGAUUACUACAAUAUGACCAUUGUAAGAGUUGUAAAGGAAGGAAGUGAUGAAAAUGUACUGAACAAAAUGAGGCAUUUUGUUUCCCACAUGCAGUGCUUAUCUGAAAGCAAUGGUUUAAUACAAGGAAAUCAAUAUCUAAUAAUGGGAAAAUAUUCAGAUUUGUGGAAACUGGAUAAAGAGAUCACAACUUACCUUCUAAGUAAGACCACGUGGAUUGAAUGGCGACCAACUCAAGAAGAAUGCCGGCAAGCUGAGAAUCAGCAACUCUGCUCAAAUAUUGCAAACUUUGUUGAUGAUUUUGCGGCUUCAGGUUGCAGAACAUAGCUCUGAUAUAUAUAAUAUAUAUAUAUAUAUAUAUAUAUAUAUAUAUAUAUAUAUAUAUAUACACACACACACACACACACA